AUGGUGAACACCCCGAAGACUCCAGCCAGAAACAAGUUCGGCGUCGACCCGCGCGACAAGUCCGCAUUGCACGAAUUGCUCUUAAAGACCUAUGCCACAGCUCCUCCGCACGUCGAACGUGAAGUCGAAGACUUCCUCAUCGAAGCUGGCUUCCUCAGACCGAGAAUCAAAACGCCCAGUCCAAAGGUACGCGUUUUCAAGUUUUCCAAAGGAUCUCGGGAGGCGAGUGAGGCUAACUUCGAUGAUCGGGUUCUACUACAGAAACCGAAAGGGAGUCUGAUGAUUAGUCCGUUCAAACUACGACACGCGGCACAAGAGUCGCCUGCCAAAUCUAGCACCUCGACCACUUCCGAAGCUUCCUCCUCGUCUACAACUCCAACUCCAUCGAAGACCAAGUCAACCAAUCUCUUCAAAAACUUCGUUUUACCGAAACGAAGGAAGACUACUACUGACUCUGCACCUCGCGCUCCAAAAUCCCCUGGCACGGCAACCAAACCCGUCCGCGCUUACACCAUCCCAGUUUCGCCUCGAUCCCGAGUGGUAGGAGCAGCAAGAAGGCGAAGCCACACCGCGGUACCAACCACCAAACCUGGGUCGUAUGGACUUGGAGUCCUGGUUGCUUCUCCGAGGCGUACUACCAGGGGUCCAGUAAAGUUUUCCGAGGUCUUAACCGUGUCUCCUAAGCCUCGCAGCCCACUCAGGAUGUCCAAGACGGAGAACAAGGCUAAUGAGGAGGAGAAGGAGAGAAAACACCAAGAAUCGCUCGCCGCUUUCAAAAUCUACACCCCACCUCCUCCCAUCGCAGCUCGCGCUCACCCUCAGCCAGCAAUCCAACCCCCUGGAGAACUCUCCCCUCUCCCAAGAACCAAGGUUGCACUCAACACCGAGGGAGCCACCGAGCUAAAAGACCAAGGCACCCUCAAACCCCUCCCAUCCCGAAACAACUCCUCCAAAAAAGACGAAAAUUCAAUCACCAACAAAGCCUCCAAAUACCUCAAACGCACGACACUCGUCUUAUCCAUCCUCGUCCUUAUCCUCGUCGCCCUAGUCGUUGGCGUAUUCUUCGUACUCGUCAUCCUCGUGCUCAGUAUCGUUGUGGGAUUUAUUCUGGCUAUUGUGAGACUACCGCAGAUUAUAGGCGCGUCCCAGGGCGAGAGUCCUAGGGCUGAUGGUGAAACCAUGGGUGAGGAGUGGACCCUCGUUGGAGGUGAUGAUAAGCAUGAACUGUAUUGGUUCGAGGAGGUGUGUGAUAUUCUUGAUACGAUGUCGUCAGGCGAGGAUGGACAGGUUGAUGGCUGUGAGGAGGAGGACGAGGACGAGGAAUUCUUCGACCCCGAGUUCGAGCCCACACAACUUACGAGUUGA